AUGGCCGACUUCGACUUAGACGACGAGCGCGCCGAAGAGCUCAGUACGCUACAGUCCAUAUAUCCAGAGCUGGUUAUUGAUCCAAGCGCACCGUAUACCGCAACGCUCGAUCUUCUCGUGGCGCCAGCGAAGCCACUCCCCGUCACUUUUGGGUCUGAGCAGCUCGCCCUGCGACUAGAGUACCUGCCUCCAUUGCACCUCGAAAUCGUCCUCCCUACAAACUACCCCGCCGAAGCCCCGCCGCUGAUCAAGCUGGCGGCUAUACCGUGGCUGCCUGAGGACAUCGCGCACAAACUCACGGACGAGGCGAAAUCGAUAUGGGAUGAAUACGGCGGCGGUACAGUCUUGUUCUCAUACAUAAGCUCUUUGCAAGAGCAGGCCGAGACAGCAUUCGGCUUGGAGGAGCUCACACUACCAUCGUCUCUGAGAAAUGAGCUCGAGGAUUACAACAGGCGCACGAAGCGCGAGUUGUUCGAUAAGGAAACUUUUGAUUGCGUCGUCUGUCUCGAGCCGAAGAAGGGAUCAAAGUGCCAUCGUAUGCAGCGCUGUAGCCAUGUGUUCUGCGUUUCAUGUCUACAAGACUGCUACAACAGUUGCAUCGAUGAGGGUAGUGUGAACUUGGUCAAAUGCAUGUCCACCGAAUGCGGCAGUAGCAAGCGGAAGAAGGAGCGUCUUCUGUCCCCCAAAGAACUACUACAAAUCCCAUUAUCCCGCGAGACAGUCGAGCGCUAUGCAAAAAUCAAGCGGAAGAAGAAGAUUGAAUCCGACCCGACCAUUAUAUUCUGCCCCCGCUCCUGGUGUCAAGGCGCCAUGCGAACAUCCAAAUACCCCAAGAUAACCGACGUGAGCCAGAUGGACGACUCAGACUCCGAGACGGAAGACGACACAUCCCAAACACAAACCGCCACCGCAGACACAGGCCCAGAGAAGCGCGCUAUAGGCGUCAGGGGCAUGGAUCGCCUGGCCGUUUGCGAAGACUGCACCCUCGCCUUCUGCAUCGUAUGCCUCGCGUCCUGGCACGGCGACUUCGCGCGCUGCGAACCACGCGACGCAACACAACUCACCGAAGAAGACCAGGCCUCGCUAAACUUCAUCCUGAAAAAUACUUCUCCAUGUCCGACCUGCUCUGUGCCGUGCCAGAAGUCUUUCGGGUGCAACCACAUGACUUGCGCGCAGUGCAAGACACAUUUCUGCUAUCUUUGCAGCGCAUGGCUGAGUCCGGAUCAUCCCUAUCAGCAUUUCAACGACCGGAGGUUCAAGCAUUGCUACCAGAGGCUUAUGGACGGCGCGGAGGGGGAUGCGAACGGGGAUGUGCAGUUUGGGGGGCGCAGGGGUGCAGAGCAGAUGGCGGACUUUUGGGAGCAGGAGGCUAUGCGGAUACAGAUACAGGUCAAUGAGGAGGACGCAGGGUGA